AUGGCGGACAAGAAGCAGCAGCUCGUCCUGUCCAUAAUCGACUUUUUGAACCAAUCCAUAGAUGAUGGCACUGUCAAACAAGACGACAGGGAAGGUCUUGAAGUUGCCAUUCAAUGCAUCGGCGAGGCAUUUGGUGUCGAUCCGUCCGACGACAAGCAGCGGCAACGCCUGGAUAUUAAACCAGCGAAGCUACAAACCAUAUUCGAUGUAUUCUUGAAAACAAGAGACAAAGUAGCAUCUUCGCCGGCAUCCUCAUCCACACCCUCUGCCCCUUCAGCGGAAACAAAGGCCAAGGCUGAGAAACUUAAGCAAACGGGAAAUACGCACAUGACACUUAAGAAAUAUGACGAAGCCAUUGACGCGUACACCAAAGCCAUCGCGCUCGACUCUGCCAAUCCCGUCUACUACUCUAACAGAGCAGCCGCAUACGCUAGCAAAGGCGACCAUGCAUCUGCAAUCCUCGACUCUGAAAAAGCCAUCGAAGUUGAUCCUAAAUUCGUUAAGGCCUACUCUCGUCUAGGGCACGCGCAAUACACUUUAGGAGACUACAAAGCUGCUGCUGCCGCAUUCAAGAAGGGAGUUGAGCUCGACCCCACAAACGCCAACCUGAAAUCUGGUUUACAAAAUGCCAUGGACCGCAUUCCUUCUGAAGAUGAUGAAGAUGAUGAUGGUCCGCCACCACUCGUGCCUGAAGGGGACAUCCCAUUGUCAAAUGCGCGCGCUGGCCCAGGUGCGGGUGCAGCCGGACUCGGUGGUAUGGCGGACAUGUUCCGCAACAUGGGGGGAAUGGGUGGGGCAGGCGGCAUGCCCGAUCUCGCUAGCCUCAUGAAUAACCCCAUGAUGAUGCAAAUGGCACAACAGAUGAUGGCCAACGGCGGAAUGGAAAGGCUUAUGUCGAAUCCAAAUGUCGCUAACAUGAUGAAUCGGAUGCAAUCUGGUGGAGCUGCGCCCUCUAUGGAAGAACUUAUGGCAGAUCCAGAGCUGAGGAAUCUGUGA